AUGUCAAACGAAAUUCAAAAAUUGAGGAACGAAUUAGUUAUUGAAUUUCCAGGAAGAACGCGUCAAAUUGUAACCUUAAUAAAUUUGUUAGGAGAGCCUACAGAAAAAACACCACCUUCAAUUUUUAUACAUGGAAAUAGAGCAUUGGGUAAAACUGAAAUUGUAAAGAAUCUAUUCAAGAGAGGGUUUCCCACGCGUCACUAUUCUUUCCUCAAUUGUAAAUUAUACUUUCAACUCGAUGAUAUAUUUGAAGUUUCAUUAAAACAUUUAUCUGGUAAAAAACAUAAAUGCAAAAAUUUUGAUGAAUAUGCUACAAUAUUACAAGAUAUAUGCGAAACUGUUGAGGAAACUAGAUACCUGAUAUUUGAUAAUGCAGAAUUGUUAUGGAAUCUUUCUCAAACUUUGGUGUCUAUUCUCUUAAAUCUCCCGCAUUGGACCGGCGCAAAUCUUUGUAUAAUCUUUAUCACACAAGUUCCGUGGGAGAAAUUUCGAAGAUAUGUGGGAAUAAUUGAACCUUUUCAAUUAUAUUUUCCAGAUACAUUUAUCAAUUAUAUAUAUGAGGUUUUUUCGGAUUCUUGUGAUCUUAUUGAUUUGUUCCGCAUCAUACCAAAUAUUUAUCAAAAAUUUAUUCAGCCAAUAAAUGAGGGAGGAGUAUCAAUGAAUGAUUAUUCACUCUUAUUCGACGAAUUAAAACCGCAUUUAGAAUCUGCAUUGGAUAAUUUAUAUUCACAAAACAUAACACCGUUAAUAGAAAAUCAAAUACCUACAUGGUCAUUAUAUUUGUUAAUUGCUGCAUUUCUUGCAUCUUAUAUUCCACAAAGUCUUGAUAAACGUCUUUUCUCAAGAGAAUAUGAAAAACGCAAACAUACCCGAAAGGGAAGGAAAAAAGUAUCUAAUGCAUUAAAGUUCAAUGAACAAUUCACAGGACCUCAAGCAAGCGAAAUGGAACGUAUUUUCGCUAUAUUUCAAAGCAUUCAUCAAGAAUCGGUUGUCCCUUAUAUACUACUUUUACAACAGACUGAGACAUUUGUUGCUUCUCGCGUUUUUACUCGUACAACUCCAGUAGAUCGUAAAGAUCUGCAAUCGUUUAGAUGUAAUCUUAGUUUUAAUUAUAUUAAACAAAUUUCUAGAUUUGUAAAUUUUGAUAUCCUUAGAUAUUUAGAUGAUACUUUAUAA